AUACUUGCUCCAAUCCGCAGAAAACGGACGCACACAAUUUUUACUAUGACGGCGACGGCGACGGCGACGAUUGCGGCGGCGGUUUUGGUGGCGGGGUUCUUCGCCGUGGCAUCACCGACGGCGUUCAAUGUGACACCGAUCUCAUUCGACGGAGGCUACACACCGCUCUUCGGCGAACGCAACAUCGUGCGGUCCCCCGACGGCCGGACGGUCAAGAUUCUCCUAAACCAGCACUCCGGGUCCGGGUUCAUAUCGUCGGCUCUUUAUUACCAUGGAUUGUUCAGCGCGUCGAUCAAACUGCCGUCAGAUUACACGGCCGGUGUUGUCGUUGCAUUCUACAUGUCUAAUGGUGAUAUAUUUGAGAAGAAUCACGACGAGCUGGACUUUGAGUUUCUCGGGAAUAUCAAGGGAAAACAAUGGCGGAUUCAGACCAAUGUGUAUGGUAAUGGGAGCACAAGUCGCGGCCGUGAAGAACGCUACCAACUCCCUUUUGAUCCCACUGCAGAAGCUCACCAUUACUCUAUUCUCUGGACCAAUUCUUCCAUCAUAUUUUACAUUGAUGAGAUACCAAUCCGGGAGGUGGUGAGAACUGAAGCAAUGGGUGGCGACUUCCCAUCAAAGCCAAUGUCGCUCUAUGCCACUAUAUGGGAUGCCUCUAAUUGGGCAACUUCAGGGGGUAAAUACAAAGUUAACUACAAAUACGCACCUUUUGUCAGUGCUUUCUCUAACUUCAUCUUGAAGGGUUGCCGCCUUGACCCCAUUCAACAGUUGCCGGCGGCCGAGCAGUGCCGUCUCGCUGCGGCUGAGACUGCCAUUUCUGAUUAUGCAACGAUGAACGUCGAGAAACGUGUUGCCAUGCAGCGAUUUAGACAGCAUUAUAUGUCAUAUAGCUUUUGUUAUGAUGAGCUCAGAUAUCCAAAGGUAUUUCCUGACUGCAAGGUUGCAGAGUCGGAGAAAGAUAGAUUUUGGAAUUCCGGUGAUGCGAAGAUUCAGCCGAGGGCGGUGGUGCGCCGCCGUCGGUGGAACAGUAGACGUGAUCGGGUUAGGAGUGCUAGGAUUGACGUGAUGAAGAAUAAUGAGUACUCUUCUGUUAACAGAAAUUAGAUUAAGCUGGUCAUUAUGAUAAGUGUUUGUAAAAAGAACUCAUUGUUGGGUGAUUAAUUUGGAUUAAAAGUUUGUCUUUGUAAUUAAUGAAUUACAUUGUUUAAAGUUA